AUGAUGAAACUCUCAAAGAAAUAUGGUGAUAUUUAUAGUCUGAAGAUGGGAUGUCAUACAGCCGUUGUUGUAAAUGGAGUGAAUGCCAUCAAAGAAUGCCUGGUAAAAAAAGGAACCGAUUUUGCUGAUAGACCAUAUUCUUGGAUAGUUGAACUAGAUAAUCCAAGAUAUGAAGUUUCUUUUCAUGUAAUAACUGCCAGUCUAUCGCCAGGUAUUACUGAUGCCCACUUCGAUGAGAAAUGGCAACGUCGCCGACAAUUUGCCCACACAACGCUUAGAAGCUUUGGAUUUGGUAAAACCAGCAUGGAAAGUAAAAUAUGUGAGGACAUCUCUUUCUUGCUGGAUGAAUUUAGGGAUAUUCAAGAUAAAUCUAUCGAUACAGGCGCCAUCCUUAACAGGAGUAUUUCCAACGUAAUUUGCUCGAUAAUGUUUCGCAAACGAUUCAACUAUUCGGACCCAAAAUUCAGUUUCAUUAUUGACACUAUUGGCAAAUUGUUUGAGCUUAUGGGCACUAUGUGUGAACUUGGUUUUCUACCGUUUCGAAGGCCGUUAAAUCAAUCAAUUAUAAAUAAUUACAAUACACUUGGUGAUGAUCUGAGGAAAUUCUGCAAGCAGCAAAUUGAUGAACACCGUGAAGUAUUCGACCCAGACAACAUAGGUGAUUUCAUCGAUGCAUACUUAGCUGAGACAAUGAAACAAGACGGCAAUAAAGAUCUUACAGACGACUAG